AUGUCUGAAUUUGACCAACUCUCAAAUGUUAAGGGCACUGCCUUUACACACCAAUGCUAUACUCAGCCAUACCCAGCUAUCACUCCCACGCGCCCUGAGCUCGCACAGACGGUCAAAGUCAUCGUCAUCACUGGAGUAACUCGUGAAAUUGGUCAGAAGGUAGUGAUUAAUUCAAUCACGCCCAUAGAGUUCUAUGCCCAAGAUGUCUUAUACUGUCGAAAAUUAUCAUCUGAUCCUCGGGAUGAGGGAACAGGGCUUCGUAACUUCAUUCGCACAGGGCAACCCCGCUGCCAUUGCGCUCAUUGGCCGCUCAACGCUGCCGGGAACAAGGCCUUCCAGGAGAUCACCGCCGAGCUUGGAGUUCCGCAGGUAUUGAUCAACAAUGCUGGUGUCGCUGGACCGGUCAAGCCCAACUUGAAGGCUAGUGUAGAAGAGUGGUGGAAUACUCUGGUUGUGAACGUCAAGGCUAUUUUUACUGUCACCAAGGCCUUUGUUAAGGAGACAGGUGCCACUCCCGCGAAACAGACCACAAUCAUCAGCAUCACGUCGAUGCCAUCUCAGGGGGUCCCACCGGUCCUUGGGCCCUACUCUACCUCGAAUGCUGCAGUCAACAAGUUCACUGCCUACUUGAACUCCGAAUACCCUAACAUCAAUAGCUUUGUCCUCGAUCCAGGCGUUGUCAGAACGGAUACGACUUUGGAUGUCCCUUAUCUGAUGCCGUACGCGAAUGAUUCGCCGCUUUUGCCGGGCGGUACGGCGGUUUGGCUGUCCAGCGGAGACAAGAAAUAUUUAUCCGGGAGAUAUAUAAUGUCGAGUUGGAAUGUGAAAGAAAUCGAAGCUCGGAAAGGGGAAACCCAUGAGUGUAACCUUCUCACCUUUGCCUUGAAGGGGGAGUUUGGUUUGGGGAAUAUCAAGGUUGAUUGA